AUGGAUACUAUCAACGAACUUCACACUCUUGAAACCAACACUGGCGAGGCUUCAUGUGGAGAGGCCUCUAUCAACGGACCUUCUCCUAGUGAUGUUACUACCGAGGAAAGCUCUUCCUUGGCUGUCUCUACCGAUCCAUCUAUCAAUGAUAUCUGCACUAGUGCUACCUCUCUCGGUGAUGCAUUUACUAGCACGGAAGAUACGAAGAAUAUCACCACCGGUGAUACCCCUAUCAACGACACGGAAAUGAACAAGCCCGUUGCCAAUGAGACCGCCGAUAUUCCAAGCGAGAAUACAACCCCAAAGAAGAAGCGUCGCGGCCGCUACGAGCCCGAGCCAGACUGGUCCGCCCAAAUGCGGGAAAAGGUGAACAAGUCUAACCGCCGUAUUGGCCAAGCCUGUGAUAGGUGCAAGGCCAAGAAGAUGCGAUGCACACCAGACCACGACGGCUGUGCCUCUUGCAUCACCCAUGGCCUUCCCUGUAAAGUAACUGACCGUGUGACCGGACAAACAUACAUACGCGGCGAGGCCGAACAAAUGCGCCUACGUAUUAAAGCACUGAACGAUCAGGCGGAGGAGCUGAAGGGGAAAAUUGCGGUGCUAAGGCAGGAGAAUGAGCUCUUGCGUGAAUCUCAGGUUGAGCUUAAGAAUCACAUCAAUGUGUACAAGUCUUCUCUUGAUACUUUUGAGGCAGGGUUUGCUCUUGGCAACCAAGAGGCUGAUCUGAUGCAUCUUCUGUGA